CUCAGAGAUCAAAAGCUAGUUUUAUUAAACAUUAAUUGAUCUUAACAGUAAUCAGAUUCUGUUCAGGUUCUGUUCUGGUUCUGUUCAGAUCCAAACAGCCCAGUCUCUUUCACAGUGGAUGUUCUUUCCCACAGUCCCUCUGGGACCCGGUCCAACCUUCAGACCUUCAGUUAACUCCUCACUGGUUCUUUUCUCCCUCUGAAGCUCGUAUUUACGGUCCGUGAGACGUGACCUGAACGCAGCAUUAUCCACAGCAUUAUGGUGGUCGUCACGGUAACUGCCCUGUGUGUUGUGUCCCCGUGAGAAAGACCGAGGUGGCCAAUCAGAGCGCAGCAGACCCUCCAAACCCCACAGCAGAGAAUAAAAGGAAAGUUUGGAGCUCGCUGUGGAAGAUGAAGCACGGCAUUCUGGGAGGACAGACUGAUCCUGACAGUCAGCAGGGAGGGAACACUGGCCCAUAAGAGCCUCACACCUGUCACAGGUAACGCACAGCAGCCGUCAAUCAAAGCCUGGACCCACCUCCUUAAAUCAGCCGAACACUAUAGCAAGUGUGUCGACUGGCGCUGACUGACAGCAUCCAGUAUGAAGCUGUACAGGACGUGGCUGCUGCUGGUCCUGCUGGUCUGGCUCGUCCUCUUCCUGUCCCUGCUCUGUCACUUCUUGGACCUCAGGUCGUCAUCACCGCUUUGGUCCAGGUCGGCUGCUAAGUCCAGACUCACCUGGACCGAAACCCGCCGCCUGGUCUCCCAGAGGGGGUCCCUGAGACCUGCUGGACAGGAGGAAAAGGACUGGAGGAGACGGAGGACUGACUACAGGUCCAGGUCUAAGGUCUACUCCAGGUCCAAGUCUCUGGAGAUCCUGCAGAGACUCUGGACCGGGAACCUGUCAGUGGGGAUGCUGAGCCCUCGUCUCCAGAAGGUUCUGAAGGUCCAGCUGAGCUUUAACAGGCACCAAGUGACGUACGGUGGUCUAAGGGGGGGGCGCAGGUCUGGUCUGCAGCUGUACUGUGAGUUAAAAAGGAGGACCAGGAUCCGGACCGUGGACGGGACAGAGGAGCCGUUCUCCGGUCUGGGCUGGGCCCGUCUGGUGCCUUCACUGCCCCUGCAGGAGCUCCAGACAUCUCAGUAUAGGACAUGUGCUGUGGUGACGUCAGCCGGAGCCAUCCUGAACUCCUCACUGGGGAUGGAGAUUGAUUCCCAUGAUGCAGUUCUUCGCUUCAACGCCGCUCCCACCAAAGGCUUCGAGAGAGAUGUGGGGACAAAGACUACAAUCCGCAUCAUCAACUCCCAGAUCAUGGCUCGGCCCAAACAUCACUUCAACAGCAGCUCGUUGUAUCAGAACGUCACUCUGCUGGUCUGGGAUCCGGCUCCGUACUCCUUCAACCUGACCAAGUGGUUCGAGAAGCCGGACUUCGAUCUGUUCUCUGCAUACGUUGAACGGCGUCGCCUCCGACCUGAGCAGCCGUUCUACAUCCUCCACCCAGGAUUUAUCUGGAGCUUGUGGGACCUGAUUCAAGACCACACCGAGGACCGGAUCCAGCCAAACCCACCCUCGUCAGGGUUCACAGGUCUCCUGUUGAUGAUGUCACUGUGUGGUGAGGUCAGCGUGUACGAGUUCAUCCCGUCCAUCCGCAGAACCGACCUGUGUCAUUACUAUGAGCGUUACCACGACGACGCCUGCACGCUGGGCGCCUACCACCCUCUGCUGUACGAGAAGCUGCUGGUCCAGAAGAUCAACCAGAGUCCACCAGACCAGCUGAAGAGGGGCAAGGUCACGCUGAGGGGGUUCAGCACAGUCCAUUGUGGACCAUGAUCAGAGGGGGUUCAGCACGGUGGACCACGAUCAGAGGAGUUUAGGACGGUCCACUGUGAACCACAAUCAGAGGAGGUUCAGGACGGACCACUGUGGACCAAGAUCAGAGGAGUUCAGGACGGUCCACUGUGAACCACAAUCAGAGGAGGUUCAGGAUAGUCCACUGUGGACCACGAUCAGAGGAGUUCAGGACGGUCCACUGUGGACCAGGAUCAGAGGGGGUUCAGUACGGUCAACUGUGGACCAGGAUCAGAGGAGUUCAGGACAGUCCACUGUGGACCACGAUCAGAGGAGGUUCAGGACGGACCACUGUGGACCAAGAUCAGAGGAGUUCAGGACAGUCCACUGUGAACCACGAUCAGAGGGGGUUCAGGACGGACCACUGUGGACCAGGAUCAGAGGGGGUUCAGCACGGUCAACUGUGGACCACGAUCAGAGGGGGUUCAGCACGGUCCACUGUGAACCACGAUCAGAGGGGGUUCAGCACGGUCCACUGUGGACCAGGAUCAGAGGGGGUUCAGCACGGUCCACUGUGGACCACGAUCAGAGAGGUUCAGGACGGUCCACUGUGGACCACGAUCAGAGGGGUUCAGCACGGUCCACUGUGGACCACGAUCAGAGGGGUUCAGGACGGUCCACUGUGGACCACGAUCAGGGGGGGUUCAGAAUGGUCCACUGUGGACCACGAUCAGAGGGGGUUCAGGACGGUCCACUGUGGACCAGGAUCAGAGGGGUUCAGCAUGGUCCACUGUGGACCACGAUCAGAGGGGGUUCAGAAUGGUCCACUGUGGACCAGGAUCAGAGGGGUUCAGCACGGUCCAUUGUGGACCACGAUCAGAGGGUUUCAGGACGCUCUGAUUGGUCAUGACAGUUGGUCAUAAUUCUAAUUGGUUAAUGUGUUGUUACCACGGUGAUUCAGAGAACGACACGUUUCCUGUCAGCGUGUUGAACUGUCAAGUAAAAUAAGUUCAAACCAAA